UGGACAGUUGAGUAAUGACUCUAUGGAAAUGACAGUUAACUAUUAAUUCAAAUUUUCCUGAAUUAAAAAUUCACAACACUUCACAAAAGUUAACACUUUGUUAAACAUGAUAAGUGAUGUUUGUAUUCCAAAUCGUCUCAAUAUCAUUGAAGAAGAUGACCCUUUAGGAAAAAGAACAAUUAAGGCCAGAAAAUUGAUUUUUCAUUCUUACAAAGCAUCUCUAGAAUUGUUAAACAAUCAGAAUUCUUUGUAUCUUUUAAAAAACAAAUUGAAUUAUUUCAACCAUAAUGUAUCUAAUAAGAAAAUGCAAGCAUACAAACGGUUCUUUGAACAAUCUAUCAAUUUUGGAAAUGGUUACACAUUUGUAGGGACUAAUAAAAGUACUCAUUUUGAUGACCUUAUAAAACCACAUAAUUGCCUCAAAAUAGGUACUUCUUGUGGAUCAUUAGAAAUAAACACUAAGGAAUGUUUCGAUCAUUUCAUUUCAUUAUUUUUUGGGAACACUUCAAUAAAAAUUACCACAGAAUUUCCUAGAAUGAGGAAAGUUCCUAGUUUUCCAAAUUAUUUGAAACCAAGAAUUACAGAUAACGAAAUGGACAAAACUAAGGGCACUAGAAUGUUUAGUAAUCCUAAGAAUGAUUUCAUGACAGCUCGAGAAGUUAAUGUUCAAAACAACAAAGACAAUCAAAUGAAAGAAUCAUUUACUGCCCAAAAAAGAAAAUUGGGACCACGUAGGGGGUUUAGUACUAAAUUCGUAUCACCACUGCUUGCAAACAUGGAAAAUGAAAAAAGUUCUCAAAAUAGUGAAUUGAGGGGUAGCUCUCAAAAUGAGGAAGUUGACGAGAGAUUAAAAAAUAUUGAACCACGCAUGGUGGAAUUAAUACGGUCUGAAAUAAUGGACAUCCAACAAAAAUUAACUUGGGAUGAUAUAGCUGGACUGCAUUCAGCAAAAAGAGCAGUACAGGAGGCUGUUGUGUGGCCUUUGCUUCGCCCAGAUAUUUUCAAAGGAUUAAGAAGACCCCCAAAGGGUAUAUUACUUUUUGGUCCUCCAGGAACUGGAAAAACACUUAUUGGUAAAUGUAUUGCGUCUCAAAGCAAAUCCACGUUUUUUAGCAUAAGUGCAUCUUCCAUUACUUCCAAAUGGAUUGGAGAUGGAGAAAAAAUGGUUAGAGCUUUGUUUGCAGUUGCGCGAUGUCAUCAACCAGCGGUAAUCUUUAUAGACGAAGUUGAUUCGCUGUUGUCUCAACGUAAUGAAACUGAACAUGAAAGUAGUCGGAGGAUUAAGACUGAGUUUCUGGUUCAAUUGGAUGGAGCCACAACUGAAAGCGAGGAUCGUAUUUUGGUGGUCGGUGCCACAAACAGACCCCAGGAACUUGACGAAGCGGCCAGACGGAGAUUUACCAAAAGACUUUACAUUCCCCUUCCAGAUUAUGAGGCGCGACUUGAUUUGUUACAAAGAUUAUUGUCAAAAGAACGAAAUAUAAUGAAUGGAAAUGAUUUCGAUGAAAUUGCUAGGAAAUCUGAAGGAUUUUCGGGAGCCGAUUUACGUAACUUAUGUUCUGAGGCUGCCUUAGAACCAAUACGAUCCGUAGAUUGCCGUAAACUCGAUCAAAUUGAUAUUACUGAAGUUCGACCUGUAGCUGUUGACGAUUUCUUUAAAUCGUUUACUGUUGUAAGAGCAAGUGUUUCUUCGAAGGAUUUGGAUCAGUACAUCGAAUGGGAUAAAACUUACGGUUCUGGUUCUGGAAACCCUUAACGUAAUAGUUUUUUGAUACAUAAUUGAUUGUUAAUGUUGUAUUAUCGCUUUCUAUUGCACCACUUUUGUAAAAAAAUUAAUAAAACACUUUUCACAUUUUGA